UUUUACAUUGUUGCACUUUUGUUUUGCAAUGAAAUGGUAUUCAGUGUUAUAUAGUUAUUAGGUGUAUUUUUUACCAUUUUGAAUAGUGUCUGUGUAUGGAUAAGUUAUCACUAUUUUCUGAUGUACUACUGUACCUGGACGAAGUGAACCAUUUCACAAGUGAACCAGUUCCUAAGUGUACAAUUUCAGGACCAAGUGAACCACAUAUGUAUUAUAUAGUGGAUAUUGUGUGAUGGCACACUGCCUGAAAGUUUCAGGAUGAGUCUGUGCCAUGACUGAUGCAGUGUCACCUGUUAUUUGACGGAAUACAGCAGAAAGUGUAGAUAUGGAACAUGAAGCUAAUAAAUCUUUACAACAAAUGCUUGCUGAGACCAAGGAGAACCUGGAAGACAUACAGAGCCUCAACAAGCAGAUCCUCGAAGCAUUUGAUCUACUGGAAGGGAAACACUUCAGUUCUGCAGGGAGAAGGGAGGACAAUGCCACCUCUGAGGAUCAGCCUGUGAAACAUGGUGAACUGGAGAGUGUCCCUGUGCAACACGGUGAUCUGAGAAGUACCCAUGUGCAACAGGGUAAACCAGAUGGGAAACGUCUAGAAACAGAUGCACAGGAAAAUGAGCCUGGCACAAAGAAAGUCUCCAUAGCUCAAACUGUUGACAUUGAAAAAGAUCUUGCCAAACAAAUGACAGAUUCAGAUAGACAGGUAAAACCCAAAGGAAUUCUUAAACAACCGAGUGUUGGUAAAAAGUUUUCCUUUGAAUUCAUGGAGAGGUUUGAUCUAACUGAGGAGCAUGUGGUGUAUGGCUCAAUGUUAAGGAGGCAGAAGGUUGAGUUACAUCAAGACAACCGUCUGUGCGAAAGGUUUGACCAUCACCCAAAUAUUGGACAUGUGUAUGAAUUUAAAGAAAAGUUUAAACAUACCAAUGAGACAAAUUCUGCUUCUAGACCUGCACAUGAUAAGGCCAAAACUGAGACUGAUGCAAAGGAGAUACCAAGAGCAAGCACUGAUUCAGUCCAUCUUUCUGAGAGGAAAAUUCUGAAAGCCAGACUACAGAAAGAUGGCAAGAAGGGCGGUUCCCCACAGCAGGGGUCAGAGAGACAAGAGCCUCCUGAUGCUAGACAGACCAAUAUGUCUGCCACAGAGAGCUCAAUGCAAAGACAGAAGCCAGAGCAGGCCCAACAACCAAGGACAGAAUCAUUGACAGUCGAGAAAUACAGCUCCCAGCUGCAGCCAUUUGGACAAAUGACUAUGAAAGCAGCUCAAGCAGCUGCUGUAGUGAGCACGGAAACACCAAAUUCUCCACAGCAGUUUGUGUUAUCACAACAAUUUCAUGAGAAUAUUGUAAAGGAGCUUUGUAAAGACCUUGAUCCUGAUAUGAGACAUCAUUUAGAAGAGCUUUUGAUACAACAAGGAAAUAAAAUGUAUGAUGCAGAUGGAACUUUCAACAUGGAAAAGGCCAUGCAGGGUUUAAGGGAAAAUCAACAAAAUCUCACCAAAAGUCUGGAGAUGUUGGCUGCGAUGGAUAAAGGUGUUUUGAGAAAAAUGGAAAGUUUGGUUGGCACAGAGAUACCUACCUUAUCUAGUGAGGGAGAAAAGAGUGGGGAGAGUGAUAACAGAAAGGUAGGGCUGGGAGAAGGGACCGAAAGUGGAACAGUUCAACACAGGGAGAGGAAUCAUACAUCAGUCAGAGGUGGAGCAGUUCAACACAGGGAGGUGAAUCAUACAUCAGGUGGAGGUGGAACAGUUCAAUAUGGGGAGGCGGCUCAUACAUCAGGCAGAGGUGGAACUGCUCAACAUGGGGAGGGGAAUCAUACAUCAGGUAGAGGAGCAUGUACACCACAAGAGAGACAGGACUCCCCAGAGUCAGAGGAAGUGAUAGAGACCGACCCAGCGGUAUGGGUGCAAUACGCCAACCAGGAGAAGGAGAAGGGGGCCCUUGCUCAGAAAAUACGGGAGAAUGGCAUGGACACCAUCAUCUGCCUCGAUGUAUCCGGAUCCAUGAGGGGACAUGCCUGGGAUCAAGCUGUAGAGUUUGUACGCCGUUUUGUUGAGUGCAUCCAGAACACGACAGUUAUGGACAAUGACUUUGAGCACCUGUCACUGGUCACAUUCGGGGGUAGCAGCACCCGGGUUCAGCAGCAUCUCACCUGUGACUACCUCGAGAUCCUCAGAAAACUAGAUGGGUUGAAGCCCUCAGGCCCCUCCCCCUUGCUGGCAGGAUUGUUCAUGACAGAGGCUGCCAUACUCGGAGCAGGACAGAAAUACAUGGUGAACAAGUACAAGAUAAUGCCGCGGGUGUUCCUAGUAACAGAUGGGAAGGCAACUCCAGCAGGACUGGUGGCUGGACCAGACCAACAACAGAUGACCCUCUCAUCAGCGGAGGUGUGUAACAUACUGAAGUUCGCUGAGCAGUUUGUACAACUGGAUAUACGCUUGUUUCCAGUUCCUGUUGGAGACUUUGAUAUGAACCUUCUUGAAGAACUUGCCAAAGUGACGAAAGGAGCUAUUGUGUCACCUGAUGAUUGGCGCAUCCAGUCUUCUGUCUUCAAAAACUAUAAAACAGCUGCCAAGUUUGGUGGUCUGACUGGUGACCCUGAAUUGACCUCAAUGCUGAUGGGGGGGGAUGUCAGAUACAGACAGGGUGAGACACCACAGGGGACAUUUGCCCAGUGUGAGGAAUUCCUACGGAGUCACAGUCCAGAGGCGGACAGCGACAGUGACUGUGAGGAUGACACCCUGCCACCCCUAGGCUCCCGUGUGCAGCGGUGUGUUGGCGAGGCUUCCAUCAUGGCCAACAUUGGCCAGAGUCUGGGAACAGUCACCAAGCACAUGGAUGAUGGUCAUGUGGGUGUGACAUGGGACGAGCCAAACAAGGACAGCCCACUGAGGGAGAAAGUACGCUAUAGUCCUAGCCAGAGAGACGUGGUCGUUGUCAACACUCCACGCCACCUGCACAAUGAGAUUAUUGCUGUUGGCUGUAGGGUCAGAAGAGGUGCUGACUGGUGCUACCCUGACCAGGACGGAGGGGCAGGAAACCUUGGUAACGUGUAUCAUGUCGGAUCUAACGGCAUAAUCAAGGUGAGAUGGGACUGUGGGUACAAGGACAGGUACAAGUUUGGAGCUGAGGGAAAGUUUGAGCUGGAAGUUGUUACUGAAGACAGGCAGGAUGUGUCGGAAGGUGCACCAGUGACACAACAGGAUGUGACGGAGGAUGAGCGUAUUGCACAGCUCAACAAACGCAACCUCACAGACUCAACCAUUAACACAGGGUCAGGGGCCCAGUGGCACUGGCUUGAGGGGGAAACCUGGAGACCAUACCCGGACAGUGUCAGCAAACAGGUGGAGGACAAAUACAUGGAAAACCCGAGGGGAACUGUCAUCAUUAACGUCAACGGAAAAUCUUGCCGCGUGUUGUUGUCAAGGAUGGAGCAGGUGGACAUAGCCACGCGGACCCGCUGUGCGGUGGAGAGGCGCGCUAGCUGACAGCAUUGACCCGUGUAUACAACCCUACCCUCAUCACUGAUUCAUGGUGCCGCACCAUGUCUUGGUAUUCCCCGUGACAUUGACAUGGGGGCGACCACCGCCCGACCAAUACUGGAGCGGGCUCGUGUCAAGAUUCACACUUGGAAACUGUUGUUACGUACUACUAUGAUGUGAUCUCCUAUGACAUUGCUAAACAUAAUACAAAUAAUAUGCCGUGCGUUCAUGUGCCACAUAAGCAACUCAAACAUAUCUAAGACUUUAUUUAUAAUUCUUUAUCGUUUGAGUCACGCGGGGAAAUUUUUGUUUAACUUUUUUUGAUUUGUACCAGGAAGCGUGUUUGAUAAUCAAAUCAAUGUUCAAACAUAGCGAGACUCUUACUGUCAAGUGAACUGAUAAUAUUCAUGUCAUGAAUUAUUACGUUUUGACCUUGUACUUAAUGUGAGUUUGAAUAUAUUAUGUGAUGCUGUUUUUGAGCCUGGCUCUCUAGGUGUGUCUCGUGGAGCGAUUUACACCAAGGUGGCCAAUUCUUCCUCCCCAUUUUAGUGAUCACCGUAACGCACCUUCAUUAAUUUGCUAAAAUUAAUAUUGAGUUUCAUGAUUUAUUGAUAAAAUAUAUUUGAAUGCAUUGAUUCUAUAGGUGUGCCCGUCACAAGAUGUGGACAUGUUUCAAAUAUUCACAAAAUAUGUUUGUCAUGUAUUAGAGAAUAUAGCAAUAUAAACAAC